AUGUCGGCGGCGCAGGUGUCCUCGUCCCGGAGACAGUCUUGCUACCUGUGCGACCUGCCUCGGAUGCCCUGGGCCAUGAUCUGGGACUUCUCGGAGCCCGUUUGCCGCGGCUGCGUCAACUACGAGGGCGCCGAUCGCAUCGAGUUCGUGAUCGAGACCGCGCGCCAGCUAAAGCGGGCGCACGGCUGCUUCCAGGACGGCCGCUCCCCGGGGCCGCCGCCGCCCGUCGGGGUCAAGACGGUGGCCCUGUCGGCGAAGGAGGCGGCGGCAGCGGCGGCGGCAGCGGCGGCGGCCGCUGCACAGCAGCAGCCACAGCAGCAGCAGCCGCAGCCGCAGCUGAACCACGUUGACGGUUCCGGCAAACCGGCUGUGCUGGCGGCCCCGUCCGGCCUGGAGCGCUACGGCCUGAGCGCCGCCGCCGCUGCCGCGGCCGCCGCCGCCGCCGUGGAGCAGCGCAGCCGCUUCGAGUACCCGCCGCCUCCGGUGAGCCUGGGGAGCGGCAGCCACGCCGCGCGGCUGCCCAACGGCCUGGGUGGCCCCAACGGCUUCCCCAAGCCCGCCUCGGAAGAGGGCCCCCCGGAACUGAACCGCCAGAGCCCCAACUCGUCUUCCUCGGUGACGGUGGCCUCUCGGCGUGGAACGCACAGCGGGCUGGUGUCGGGGUUGCCCAGCGCCGGGGGCGGCGGAGGCCCGCAGCUCACCGUGCCCCCCAACUUGCUGCCGCAGACGCUGCUGAACGGUCCGGCCAGCGCCGCCGUGCUGCCCCCACCGCCGCCCCACGGCCUGGGCAGCCGCGGGCCCCCGACUCCCGCGCCACCCGGGGCCCCCGGCGGCCCGGCUUGUCUCGGGGGCGCGCCGGGCGUCUCUGCCACGUCUUCCUCCUCCGCGACGUCUUCCACCUCGGUGUCGGUGGCCGAGGUGGGCGUGGGUGCCGGCGGCAAGAGGCCCGGCUCGGUGUCCAGCACGGACCAGGAGCGGGAGCUGAAGGAGAAGCAGCGGAACGCCGAGGCUCUGGCGGAGCUGAGCGAGAGCCUGCGCAACCGCGCGGAGGAGUGGGCCAACAAGCCCAAGAUGGUCCGCGACACGCUGCUCACGCUGGCCGGCUGCACGCCCUACGAGGUGCGCUUCAAGAAGGACCACUCCCUGCUGGGCCGCGUCUUCGCCUUCGACGCCGUCUCCAAGCCCGGCAUGGACUACGAGCUGAAGCUGUUCAUCGAGUACCCCACAGGCUCGGGCAACGUGUACUCCAGCGCGUCCGGGGUGGCCAAGCAGAUGUACCAGGACUGCAUGAAGGACUUCGGUCGGGGCCUGUCCUCCGGCUUCAAGUAUCUGGAGUACGAGAAGAAGCACGGGUCCGGGGACUGGCGCCUGCUGGGGGACCUCCUGCCCGAGGCCGUGCGCUUCUUCAAGGAGGGCGUGCCUGGCGCGGACAUGCUGCCCCAGCCCUACCUGGACGCCAGCUGCCCCAUGCUGCCCACCGCGCUGGUGAGUCUCGGUCGCGCCCCCAGCGCGCCCCCGGGGACCGGGGCCCUGCCGCCCGCCACCCCCACGGGCCGGGGUGCGGGUUCCAGCCUGCGCAAGAGAAAGGCGUCCCCCGAGCCUCCCGACUCCGCCGCCGAGGGCUCCCUGAAGAUGGGCGAGGAGCAGCAGAGGCAGCAGUGGAUGGCGAACCAGAGCGAGGCGCUGAAGCUCACCAUGUCGGCGGGGGGCUUUGCGGCGCCGGGGCAUGCGGCCGGCGGCCCACCCCCGCCGCCUCCGCCCCUGGGACCUCACUCCAACCGGACCACCCCGCCGGAGUCGGCCCCUCAGAACGGCCCGUCCCCCAUGGCCGCCCUCAUGUCGGUGGCAGACACUCUGGGCACCGCGCACUCGCCCAAGGAUGGCAGUUCCGUGCACUCCACCACCGCGUCCGCGAGGCGCAACAGCAGCAGCCCGGUGUCGCCGGCCUCCGUGCCUGGGCAGCGCCGCCUGGCCUCACGGAACGGGGACCUGAAUUUGCAGGUGGCGCCCCCGCCGCCUAGCGCCCACCCGGGCAUGGACCAAGUGCACCCCCAAAACAUUCCGGAUUCCCCCAUGGCCAACAGCGGGCCCCUCUGCUGUACUAUUUGCCACGAACGUUUGGAGGACACGCAUUUCGUUCAGUGCCCAUCCGUCCCCAGCCACAAAUUCUGCUUCCCUUGCUCCAGAGAGAGUAUCAAGGCCCAGGGGGCCACGGGCGAGGUGUACUGCCCCAGUGGAGAGAAAUGCCCCCUGGUCGGGUCGAAUGUACCUUGGGCCUUCAUGCAGGGCGAAAUCGCAACGAUCUUAGCCGGAGAUGUCAAAGUGAAAAAGGAGAGAGACCCUUGA